GGUUCUGCUCUGCUGUUUCUGGCACUUUUUGUGACUUUCGAAAUUUUACCAUCAACGCGUGCAGCCCCAAUAAAUUCCCGAAAGAACACUACUGUCCACUCGAAAGAAGCAGAGGAAGAAGUAAUACCAGAAGAGGUGACAUAUAACAGGACAUCCGAGAAAUGUAAGUAAGAUUCGUUAUUCUCGUACGUGUAUUGACACCCCUUGCUCAUUUUCAUGUAUUAUUAUUAUUAUUAUUAUCAUUAAUAUUAUUAUUAUUAUUUCUCCUUAUUAUUUCUAACAGCUAAAAACUGUGCUGAGCUGUACAAAUCCGGUCAAAGGAUUAGCGGUGUUUACACAAUCGACCCAGAUGGUUCAGGUGCCUUUAACGUAUCUUGUGACCAAACUACUUCGGGCGGGGGAUGGACAGUCUUUCAGAAGAGAAUGGAUGGCUCUGUUGAUUUCAACCGCACCUGGGAUGACUACAAAUAUGGCUUCGGUAACUUUAUCGGUGAAUUUUGGCUCGGAAUGGACAAAAUAAACCGCCUGACACGAAACAAGACAAACAACAUGCUUCGAGUAGAUCUGGGAAUAAAAAAUGGCAAAACUGUUCACGCUGAGUAUGACUGGUUUGGGAUCGGCAACGAAACGGCUAAGUACCGGCUGUUCAUUGGCAAUACGACUAGUUCGUAA